UUUGGCGGGAACGCCCACUCCGUAGUAUGCGCGGUAAUACCAACGCCAUUCACCAAAUGACCCCCUUCAGCUAGCCCAUAAUGUUGGUCUUGAAGUGCAAAUAUCUAGGCGUCAUCAUCACAGAGAGAUGACAUCCUAUCCCCACAUAAAUGCGGUGCGCGCCUGAGCCGCGUUUCUACUCUGACGACUCUGUACGAUGAUUUGCAAGUGAAAAUAGCCCUCAAAGCACCGUGGUGCGUGAGGAACGUAGAUCUUCACUACGACCUAGAAUUAGAUUCAAUGCGUAAGUGUCUAAACAUAACGUCACAACGCUUCUUCGAAAAAGCAGUGCCACACGAUCACGCUCUUAACGUGGCCGCCGGCAACUACAAACGUGACAAACACGAUCUAGAUGACUAAGCGGGACUUUUUGGCGGGAACGCGAGUUUUUUUUUUCUACCUAAGUUGAUAGCCUUAAGAGGCUAUAUCAGCGUCGCCUUAACUAGUAGGUGAGCUCACGGGGCUCAAACCUGAUGACGUUGCUAACACGAACCCUAGCAAGAGGCAUGCUUCGCAGAAUCUACCACCGGAUCGGAAACACGACCCACUGAGAAGAUCCGGCGGGAAACUCAGUGGGCUGUGUCUGUGGUUUAAUUUACUCGCCGAGCCCUUUGUCGUAAUGCCGGCAACUGACAUGCGCGCAAAUAUUCGUACAUUGUACGAAUGUUUGCGCGCAUGUGAAGGGCCGUCAAACAUUCAUUCGCAAACCUAGCGGCUGUGCAAAUGGGUUCGCAUACUCAAUUUGCGAACCCGUUUGCGCUUCCUCCUACACUGGUUUACGAAUGUCUCACGAAUUUCUCCUCCUUUUUAAUUCGUCAAUAGAACAUUGAAAAGAAAAAGAGUUUUGAAUUCUUUCCCAGACAUCAUUAACAGCCAUGCUGUUUUUAUGGUAUUUCUUUUGAUGAAGAUACGCUACACAGUAGACGUCACGAACUAUGAAAAUGGCGAUACGUCCGUUACCUUCGCAAUCGUCGGCGCAACCGGGCAAGCGAAUGUGUAGGAGACUACGCGAAGGUUCGAGGUUCGCGCGCUUUGAUGUCUGUUAAAAAACCGAUAUAGCUUGGAAAACCACGAAUGCAGCGAAAACUUUGCAUAAUCAUUCGCAAAUGUCGUCCUACACUUGCGGGUUUGCGUAUUCGAGCGCAUGUGAGUGACCGGUGUAAGCGACGGGUUUGACGAAAACGAUGAAUCGCGAGGAGUGAAGUUGUGUGAUUUGUUUUAUUUUGUCUAUUUAGUAUUUCUGCAGGUUUAAAUGUGUAAUAUCGGUGGUUUAUUAACUGUUUAAUAUCUGUGAAAGUGCACAAAUGUGAGAAAAUGAAACAAAGCCGCUGGACGUAGCUUCUCAGGAUCCUCUAAAAAGUCCACUGAAAAAUUCUUAAUAAGCGAUCACCAUUUUACUGAGAUGAUAUUUCAUACUAUAUCAUCUCAUUUCAUUUAAAUUCAUCCCAGAUGAUUAAUGUCUCAAAUCAAUCGUCUUCAUUUCAUUUCAUUUCACUCCAUAUUAUCAUUUUUCAUAAAAAUAUAUCAUAUCAUCUCAUCUCAUUUCAGUUCAUUUCAUGCCAUGCCAUGCCAUGUUUCAUAUUAAUCAACUUAAUUUCAUUUCAUAAUAUCAUUUUUCAUAAAAAAAUAAUAUAAAAGAUUAGGCUGUAUGGUGUGAUACCUUUGCCUUUCCAUUUGGAAAAAUAAAAAUACGUUACGUAGAUAAUCUGUGGAAUGGUCGAUGACCCUUGUCUUUAGGUUUAAAAUAUUGUGUAUUGUUUGGACCCUUGCCUAUCUACAAUUUAAUUUAAAAAAUACCUAAAUUUUAUUAUCACUGCAUAUACAAAAAUAAUAUAAUAAAUAUAACGUUUUCUCCAUUUAUAAAAUGAAUAGCUUGAUGAAGUUACAGCAAAAAAAUUGGUACACUUACAUUGGUGUACCUUUUGUGGUUGGAGUAACAAUGUACGGGGUAAUUAAUCAUCUUCUUCAAAAGAAAAGGAGAUCAACGUUACGAGGAAAGGUGGUCUUAAUUACUGGUGCAAGCUCUGGUAUUGGGGAGGCACUGGCUCAUGUAUUUUAUGGACAGGGCUGUAAAAUUAUCCUUGCUUCUCGGCGGAAAAGAGAACUCGAAAGAGUUAAACAGGAUCUGAUAUCCAGGAAAGUUGCCAUCCAAACUCUUGAACCAGUUGUUUUGGAGUUAAAUUUAGCGGACAUAGAUAAUAUGUAUUUGUUUGUGGAGAAAGUGUACGGGAUAUGUGGUCACGUUGACAUUUUAGUCAAUAAUGGCGGUGUCACUCAUAGAGGAUCUAUUUUAAACACUAAAACUGAUGUUGAUCAGAAAAUUAUGUUUAUCAAUUACUUCGGGUCAGUAGCAUUGACAAAGGCUGUACUACCGAAAAUGAUAGAAAGAAAAUCUGGGCAUGUCGUAUUUAAUAGUUCUGUGCAAGGACUAAUUUCCAUACCUAAUCGUUCAGCUUAUGCUGCAUCCAAGCAUGCUCUACAAGCUUUUGGUGACUGUCUUCGUGCUGAGAUGGAUCAGUACGGUAUUAAUGUUACUGUUGUUAGCCCAGGGUAUAUAAAAACAGCUAUAUCAAUGAACGCUUUCACCGGAUCUGGUGACACUCAUGGUGUUAUGGAUGCCACCACAGCGAAAGGUUUCACACCGGAAUAUACAGCGAACAAAAUAUUAGACGCGGUUGUUAAUAAAAAAAAUGAACUAAUACUAAGCCAGUUUCUACCUAGAUUUGCCAUAUUUUUGAGACACACAUUUCCAUCAUUGUAUUUUACGAUUAUGGCAAAAAGAGCGAACGAAACCUGAACCUUAUGCCACAUGAAUACAGUUUUGCCUUUUGAUUUAAAAUAUUAUUGUACUUUUAUUAAAUGAAAAAUAAAAUUA